CGCAUCGAACGAAGAAUUUUCAUUUCCCUUUUCUCACCGGCUGCUUCUGGUUCGGUGGAAAAAGACAUGGCAGCUCAAUCUCUAACCACCAAUCUUCAAUCCGUCCACCAAUCCAAUCUCCAUAAACCCAAGCUCCAAUCUCAGUCUCUUAAACCCUACAUCCUACGGAACCCUUCAUGGCUUGGCAACUUUCAACCAAUCGCCGAGCUCUCUCUGCAAUCCUCAAGCUCCAGAACCCGCCGCGGCUCUUCUCUCCAACCCAUUUCGGCCACCGUUUCCAGUCUCCCAACUGCGAAGCCAGAGAACUUUGCAUCGGGCGAUAAAGCUCCCAAGUGGUCAUGGAGGGCGAUAAAGGCAUUUGCUUUGGCUGCAUUGGAGGCAAGGAAGCUGAAAUGCCCCAAAACUGGGACUGAGGCUCUUUUAAUGGGUAUCAUGAUUGAAGGAACUGGUGUUGCUGCGAAGUAUUUGUGGGAAAAUGGUAUUACGCUCUUCAAAGUGCGUGAUGAGAUCACCAGGGUACGCGGGAAGCCCGACUUUUAUUACUUUCCUCCUGAGCAACCUCCAGUGACUGAAGAUGCUCAAAGGGCACUUGACUGGGCCGUGGAUAAUAAAAUAAAAUCUGGCGUCAGUGGGGAAAUAACUACGAGUGAUGUGCUACUCGGCAUUUGGUCAGAAACUGAUUCCCCGGGCCACAAGAUCUUGGCUACACUGGGUUUCAAUGACGAGAAAGCGAAAGAGCUGGAUUCUAAAAGCGCUGGACCUGGAUUUUUAGAGGGUUGACAGCAAAAUCUAUCAUCCUGUCAUUGUUGUACUCUUCAUAAUCAGGAAUGGAACAGCUCAUGUAUCAUUAAUUCUUUCUCAUGAUUGAAUUCAUAAACAUCAUUCAAUUCUUGCUCAUCAAGAAGAUAUAAGUUAAAGCAUGAUCUCAAUUUUCCUUUCAUUAUCGCAUGAAUGUUGUAAGAUCCUAAUAAAUACUGGAUUUCACU